UACCCCCUGAUAAGCCAUGGGGCUCGAUACUUCCCGGGCUACGGCUGUUACAUCUGCAACUCUCCGAUUACUGCGCGCUGUUCCCCGUCUCUGGGCAGUUAUCCUCCUCCUACAUCCAACCCCCAACCUCAUAAUCCAUUCCUGUUCCUUCUUUGCUUCGCAUUCCUUUAUCAUACACUAUCCGCACCGGGCUGUGCCUUGUAUGAGCUCAACCUUGAUCUCCGCAGAAAGUUCUUGAAAGGAACGUCGGGUUCCUUCUUCCCUUUCUUCGUUCUCUUAGCUUCGUACAUCUGCCUGUUGACAGUCUCGCCGCUGAUUCAACUUGACCAAAGGCAUACAACAUGGCGUCGCGAGCCCUCAUUCCCUUUCUCGUGGCCAUGAUGCUACUGACGGGUGUUUGCAACACCCUACUUACCAAGUAUCAGGACAUGCAAUGCGUCCGCAACUGUGAUGCGAAGGACCCCGCGAAACGAGCUUACUUCAAUCAACCUGUUUUACAGACGGCUCAGAUGUUUGUUGGUGAAAUGGGCUGCUGGUUGGUCGUUGGCCUGAUGACCCUGUACCGCCGCUACCUCUCACGGGCAUCUCCUACCUCGGAUGGCUACCAGGCCAUCAACACGAAUGAUACCGAUGAAGCCAGCGCCGCUCUCGUCAGCAAUCCCAACGGCAUUCCAAAGCCGCGAGAGCAGGAGCAAGGGUCCAUCCUGCGCGGCCCCCGCAUCCUCUUGUUGGCCCUCCCAGCCAUUUGUGAUAUCCUCGGGACGACGUUGAUGAACAUUGGCCUUCUGCUGGUUGUUGCUUCCAUCUACCAAAUGACCCGUGGAGCCUUGGUGCUCUUUGUCGGUGUCUUCAGUGUCGUAUUCCUCAAGCGACGGCUUUUCUUGUUCCAAUGGCUUUCGCUCGUCGGCGUCGUAGUGGGUGUUGCGCUUGUUGGGUUGGCUGGAGCCAUUUAUCACGAGAACAAGAACAAGAUCGAGAAUGCCGCCGAUGAGGGAUCUCCAAAGUCCAAUGCCUUCUUAACCGUCGUUGGAGUUCUGCUCAUUGCCGGGGCGCAGAUAUUUACUGCUACUCAGUUCGUCCUCGAGGAAUGGAUCUUGGAAAGGUCGGCCAUCGAGCCCAUCAGAGUUGUUGGAUGGGAGGGCCUCUUCGGUUUCGUUGUUACCGUGUUUGGCAUGGUCGUUUUGCAUUUUACCGUUGGACACACUGCCGCCGGAAAGAACGGCUACUUUGACAUGGUCGAAGGCUGGAGACAGCUCACUGAGAAUAGAGCCAUUGGCCUAUCCAGUAUCCUUAUCAUGAUCAGCAUCGGCGGGUUCAACUUCUUUGGUCUCUCUGUUACCAGGAGUGUCAGUGCCACCUCGCGGUCCACAAUCGACACAUGCCGGACCCUUUUUAUAUGGAUCGUUUCCCUUGGGUUGCACUGGGAAACCUUCAAAUGGCUGCAGGUUGUCGGCUUCGCUCUGCUCGUCUACUUUACCUUCCUCUUCAAUGGAAUCGUGCAACCGCCCUUCAAGUUCCUUAUCCCCGAUGAAGAGGUGGAAGAAUUGUUACCGGAAGAGCCGAUUGAGCACCAGUAGAUUGUUAUGAAAGCUAAGAGGAGCCAUGUAUCGUGUUACCAAGUUAGGAAUGGGUUGUUUUCCGGAUCAAAUACAGUUCUCAAUGCACUAGAUCAUAGAGAAGGAUAGUUGUGCCUGGUGUAAUGGAGUGCGGUU